AUGCCAUUUAGAGAGAUAUUUUCCAUUCAAAGGGGAAAUUACAAGAACUAUAGUCCAGAGGCUUUGGAUAAUGCUUUCCAAGCAGUAAAAGGGGGGAUGAGUGUUCAUGGUGCUGCCAAACGGUUUCAAGUUCCCCUGACAACUUUAAGAGACAGGGUGGAUGGACGGAUAAGUAUUGAUGUAGCAUCAUCAGGACCUCCACCACUGUUUACUCAGGAACAGGAAUCUUACAUAGUGGAGCAUGUGAAGACAAUGUCUGAGAUAGGAUAUGGAUAUACCCGUGCAGAGGUGCUGAACCUUGCCUCUGACUAUGCUGUAGAUCUCUGUAUUAGGGAAAAGGGGAAGGACUUAACAAUGAAGUGGUAUUAUAACUUCAUGAGGAGGUGGCCUGAGCUUCAUGCAGUAAAACCAUCAGGGUUAUCAGAACUACGAGCAAAAGCCGCAUCUCCGGAAUGUAUUAGCAAGUACUUUGAAGAGCUAAAAAUCAUCAUUGACAGGUAUGGACUGGGGGAUAAGCCUCAACUUAUAUUUAAUGUUGAUGAAAAGGGAAUAAACACAGGUGGGUCAAAGCCUCCAAACAUUGUUGCAGCAAAAGGGAUGGCAGCACAAGUUGUAACAUCUGAGAGGUCCCAAACAAUUACUGUUAUUGGAUGUGGAAACGCUGUGGGGUGCAGUAUUCCUCCAUUUCUGGUGUUUCCAGGUAAACGUUUGUUACCUGAAUUAUUAGAUGGUGCCACCACUGGCUGUGAUGGGACCAUGAGUGACACAGGCUAUUCAAAUACUGAAAUUUUCAAUAACUAUGUCAAGAAUCAUUUUACCAGAUAUGCCUCUGGGAACCCCGGUCAGCCGAUUUUGCUUUUGUAUGAUGGUCACAGAAGCCAUACAUCUCUUUCAUUAAUCCAGUGGGCCCGUGAAAACAACAUCAUUCUUUUUGUCUUGCCUCCUCACACGAGUCAUCUUUUACAGCCGAUGGACGUUGGCUGUUUUGGUCCAUUCGAGACUCUUUAUCAGCAAGAAGCUCAUAAAUUUAUGCGACAGAGUGUCGGUCGUUCAGUGACAAGGUAUGACGUGUGCAGGCUUGUAUGCAAAGUUUACGACACUGCCCUUAGUCCUCAGAAUUUAAGAUCAGCCUUCAGGAAAACUGGUAUUUAUCCUCUGAAUUCAUCAACAAUUAGUGAAAGCAGGACUUUACCAUCUCUUGUAUACAAAGGCAAGGUAGACAUCACCAAAACUUCAACAACAGCUACUGUUAUCUCUGAUGAAAAAGUUAAUUUUACUGCUGAAAGCUUUUUCAACAAGCGUGGUGGAGAGGUCCUCUUAGCUGUAGAGAAGGCAAAAAAACCAAGAAGAAAUCUCAGUUCCAUAAUUGCAGGGAAAGCCAUAACAGAAAAGAAUGUAUUUGAUAAAAUUCAGGCAUACAAUGAAAAGUCGGAACACUCAACAAAAGGAAAAGGGAAGGGAAAAGGAAAAGGGAAUGCAAAGCUAGUGGAAAACCAAAUUGCAGGUCCUUCUAAAGAUACAGCAGGUCCGUCCAAGGUUUCAAAUACUUCACGUCCAUCAGUUGAUUUGUCAGAUGAGGAGUCAUUAGCUGAUGAGGAAAAGUGUUGCGUCUGUGAUAGACUGGAGCCUGACCAAUUGAAGUUUAAGCCUUACAUUGAGUUUGUUAGGUGGGGACAAUGCCAAUGUGGACACUGGGUGCACCUGUCCUACUGUGUGAAGGAAAAAGUAAUCAGAAGAGACACACAAAUCAAAUGCCCUCAUUGUGUUUGA